GAAUAUUCUAUCUUUGUAAUGUAUAUAUAUAUGGGUUUGACCCUCCAAUGAAAGACACACAAAAAUCAUUCUUCUCAUUACUAUUCUAUCUUUAAUUCUUACAACAUGGUAUCAGAGCAAUCUGUUCCAGUUUAGCUUAGCAGUAUUUUUCAGAAUCUCAGUUCAUGCCUCAGCCAGAACCUUAGCCCAAAAUUCAGAACCUCAGUCCAAAAUCCACAGUUUCACAUAGCAUCACCUCCACCCUAAGCAGUCACGCCUUCCGCCGCCGACCUUACACUCGAAAUCCGCAGGCCACACGCGCCGUCAGAGGACCUCGCAGACCUAAUCGCAGACCCAAUCGCCGGAGAAUCCAUCGGAACUAUUUUCCGGUGUCUUGAACGGUAUUAUCUUUCUGUGACUUUGCUUAUUAAGUAACAACGACAUUCAAGGAUAGUAUUUUGGUCGCUGUAAGUUUACUUAAUACAUAGCAUCUUAUUUCUGCAAUUAAAAAAAAAAGUCAAAAAAAAAAAGUCAAAAAAAAAAAAUCAAAAAAAAAAAAUGCAUGGUUCUGAUACAGACACUUCCACCGUACAACAUGCUCAGCCUUUGGUAGUUUCCGAAGUUAUUCCCAUUAAUUUUAAAAUUACUGAGAAUAAACUUUGUGGCUCUAACUAUCUUGAAUGGAGUAAAACUAUCAAACGUUAUUUACGAAGCAUUGAUAAAUACACCCACUUAGUUGAUGACCCGCCAAAGGAGGAGAUUGAUAGAGCUGCUAAUGCUGUCUGGCUUCGUGAUGAUUCUAGAUUAUUUAUCCAGAUUCAGAAGUCCAUGGAGAAUGACGUCAUGGGGUAUGUUAGUCAUUGUGAUACUGUGAAAGAACUCUUUGAUUAUUUGGAAUUUAUGUAUUCUGGCAAAGGUAAUCUUAACCACAUCUAUGAAGUGUGCAAAGCCUUUUACAGGGCAGAAAUGAAAGAUAAGCCUCUCACAGCUUAUUUUAUGGAUUUCAAGAAAACGUAUGAAGAACUUAAUACCUUAAUGCCCUUUAGUCCUGAUAUCAAAGUGCAGCAGAAACAACGCGAACAAAUGGCAGUCAUGAGCUUUUUGGCUGGUCUUACGUCUGAUUUUGAAACAGCCAAAUCACAUAUCCUAUCUAGUGAUGUGGUCUCUUCUCUUCAAGAUGCUUUCAGUAGAGUGCUUCGCACUGACACUUCAUCCACAUCAUCAGCACCUCAGCCAAGCAAUGCUUUUGUGGGACAAGUCCCAACAUUCCCCAAUGGAGGUGAGAAGUGGCCACGCACAGGACCGAUUGGCAAAGGAGUAGUAUGCAACUACUGUAAGAAACCCGGACACUUGAUCAAAGAUUGUCGAAAGCUAAAGUUCAAAAAUCAAGGAAAUCAAGUCGCUCACAUUGCUUCCGCUACACAGCCAUCUAAUGGAUCCAUCAUUAUGUCUUCGGAGGAAUGUGCCAAAUUCCUAGGUUACCAGGAGGCUCUAAAGCAUUCAUCUACUCCUAUCUCAGCUGUAGCUAAUUCAGGUAAUCCAAACACAUGUCUUGUAUCUUCAUCCUCAAAAUGGGUUAUCGAUUCAGGAGCAACAGAUCAUAUGACAGGAUCUGUUGACGAAUCAGGUUAUUGGUAAAGGAUAUGAGUCGGCCGGUCUCUAUCUCUUGGAUACAUCCUUACCCAAAUCAAUCUCUUGUCUUGGCAUUGGAACUGUGUUAGAGGCUCACUAUCGACUAGGUCACCCUUCUCUUCCGUUGUUAAAGAAGCUUUAUCCUCAAUUCAAUAAGGUGUCAUCUUUACAGUGUGAUUCGUGUCAAUUUGCAAAACAUCAUCGAAGUAGUCUAAGUCCUCGAGUCAAUAAACGAGCACAUGCUCCUUUUGAACUGGUUCAUUCUGAUGUUUGGGGUGCUUGCCCUGUUGUGUCCAAAUCUGGUUUUAAAUAUUUUGUUACCUUUGUUGAUGAUUAUUCUCGUAUGACUUGGAUUUAUUUCAUGAAACGUCGUUCCGAGUUAUUUUCUCAUUUUUGUGCCUUUUGUGCUGAAAUCAAAACUCAAUUUAAUGUACAUGUUCGUAUUUUAAGGGGAGACAAUGCUCAAGAGUAUUUGUCUGCCUCAUUUAAGUUGUAUAUGGCUCAACAUGGCAUAAUUCAUCAAACUUCAUGUGUAGACACACCUCCCCAAAAUGGAGUUGCUGAACGAAAGAACAGACAUCUAUUAGAAACUGCGCGGGCUCUUCUAUUCCAAAUGAAUGUGCCAAAACAUUUUUGGGCAGAUGCUGUGUCUACCGCAUGUUUUUUGAUCAAUCGAAUGCCAUCUACUGUUUUAGAUGGUAAAACUCCAUAUCAGUGCCUAUUUCCAAAUAAUGAAAAUUUUCCUAUUCCUCCUAAAGUUUUUGGUUGCACUUGUUUUGUACGAGAUGUUAAUCCCCAUUUAACAAAGUUAGAUCCCAAGUCAUUAAAGUGCAUUUUCUUAGGCUACUCUCGAGUUCAAAAGGGGUACAGAUGUUUUUCUCCAAGUACAGGUCGGUAUAUUGUUUCAAUUGAUGUCUCCUUUUAUGAAAAUACACCAUUUUCAUCAACAGACACAAAUAUCUGUAGGGAGAAUGAUGAUAUACUCAUUUACACAGUCACUAUACCCGAGUCCAAUACUUCAGCAGUUCUUCCCCAUGUUACUUUUCCUGAGCCUAGGCCUCCGAUACACUUGGUAUACACCCGUCGACACAAAGUGCAAGAUCACCCUCCACCUGUGGUUACUUCUCCUGAUACUGAUCCGAUCUCAUAUCCUGAACCGACACCUGCAUCUUCAGAUCCUGUCUCUACAUCAGAUCUUGAUCUCCCCAUCGCACUACGUAAAGGUACACGGUCUUGUACUCAUCCUAUUUCUUCAUGUGUGUCGUAUAAUCAGUUAUCAUCUGCCUCAUGUUCUUUUAUUGCUUCCAUUGAUUCUAUUUCUGUUCCCAAAUCUGUUAAAGAUGCUUUGUCUCAUCCUGAUUGGCGUCAUGCCAUGGUAGAGGAAAUGAAUGCUUUGGAUCUUAAUGGUACCUGGGAUUUGGUAGACUUGCCUACAGGGAAGAAGUCUAUAGGAUGUAAGUGGGUCUUUGCUGUAAAGGUUAACCCUGACGGAUCCGUUGCUCGAUUGAAAGCCCGAUUAGUUGCGAAGGGUUAUGCUCAAACCUAUGGCGUUGAUUAUUCUGACACAUUUUCUCCUGUUGCUAAAUUAACAUCUGUCAGAUUACUUAUUUCUCUCGCAGCAACUCAUGGUUGGCACUUAUAUUGAUCACUCAUGGUAGAUCACCAUCAGGAGGAAGUUUAUAUUGAGCAACCUCCGGGGUUUGUUGCUCAGGGGGAGUAUGGGAAAGUUUGUCGACUUCGCAAGUCUCUUUAUGGUUUGAAACAGAGUCCCCGUGCAUGGUUCGGGAAAUUCAGCCAAUCAAUUGAACGAUUUGGGAUGAUAAAAGGCAAAUCAGAUCACUCUGUAUUUUACAGACAAACGAAAACAGGUAUUACAUUGCUUGUGGUGUAUGUCGAUGACAUUGUGAUUACAGGGAGUGAUAAUACAGGUAUUUUGGCCAUAAAGAAUUUUCUUCAUAGUCAAUUCCAGACGAAAGAUUUGGGCUCAUUGAAAUACUUCUUGGGAAUUGAGGUUACACGGAGUAAGAAAGGCAUAUUUCUAUCUCAACGUAAAUAUGUGCUUGACUUACUAACUGAAACAGGGAAAUUGGGGGCAAAACCAAGCAGUACUCCCAUGAUUCCCAAUGUACAACUCACUCAUGAAGGUAUGUCAUUCGAAGAUCCGGAAAGAUAUAGACGGUUGGUUGGAAAACUUAAUUAUCUCUCAGUUACCCGUCCAGAUAUUGCAUACUCAGUGAGUGUAGUAAGUCAAUACAUGUCAUCUCCGACAGUGGAUCAUUGGAAUGCUGUAGAGCAUAUAUUAUGUUACUUGAAGGGGACACCGGGACGAGGUAUUGUUUAUCAGAAUCAUAAUCACAUGAGAAUAGAAUGCUUUGCAGAUGCUGAUUGGGCUGGAUCUAAAGAUGAUAGAAGAUCCACAUCUGGCUAUUGCGUCUUUGUUGGUGGUAAUCUCGUCUCUUGGAAAAGUAAGAAGCAGAAUGUGGUUUCUCGUUCGAGUGCUGAAUCAGAAUAUCGGGCUAUGGCACAAUCGGCAUGUGAGAUAAUCUGGAUAAACCAUUUAUUGAGUGAAAUGGGAUUGAAGACACCAAUGCCUGCUAAACUCUGGUGCGAUAACCAAGCUGCUAUACACAUUGCCAACAAUCCAGUGUUUCAUGAGAGAACAAAACAUAUUGAGAUCGAUUGUCACUUUGUUCGAGAAAAGAUACAACAAGGAUUGAUCUCUACAGGACAUGUGAAGACUGAAGAGCAACUUGGAGAUUUGUUCACUAAAGCACUAAAUGGAAUUCGUGUUGGUUACUUCUGUAACAAGUUGGGCAUGAUAAAUAUUUAUGCUCCAACUUGAGGAGGAGUGUGAAAGACAUUAUAGAAUAUUCUUUAGAAUAUGUUUUAGAAUAUUCUUCUAUCUUUAGAAUAUGCUUUAGAAUAUUUUAGGAAUAUACUCUAGGAUAUUAUUAUUGUAUAGAAUCUUAAAGGAAUAUUCUAUCUUUGUAAUGUAUAUAUAUAUGGGCUUGACCCUCCAAUGAAAGACACACAAAAAUCAUUCUUC